CCGCCGGCGGCGUGAAAUUUGCGUCGCGCAGCAUGAAUUUUUCGGUCGAGCACUCGACGUGAAUUUAUCUUGCGCCGCGUAAUGUAACAAAGUGCAGCCGCUGCCGCCGCCUUCGACGCGCGAUAACUGUCACUAUUGCUGCUAUACACAGCGAGAAGGAAGAAAAAACGGGCAAAAGGCGGAACUCUCACAAGACAGUGUGGUGUCGGAGGGACGAGAGAGGGGAAGGAAAGAAACGUUGCGCUUCCGAAGGUGCCGACAUCGCGUGGACGUGUGUGUGACACUCCGGUGAACGAUAGAGAGGGAUCGCCGGAGGAUUUUCGUUAUGUAUCGAUUUACCACGUAAAUACGCUCUCCCUCUCGCAAGAACGACAAAUGGAGCACGCGGAAUGAGAGUCUGUGACACUGAUUACAAGACAGCAAGAAGACAUGGAUGCUCGAGUGAUAGAAGUUUUACAACAGGCGGUCAGCCAAGAUCCCAAUGUCUUAAAAUCUGCGGAGCAAACGUUGAAGCAAUGGGAGACUGAGCGUGGAUUUUACAUAGCACUAUAUAAUGUUCUUUCAAAUCAUUCCUUGGCUGCUGAAGUCAGAUGGAUGGCUGUAGUAUAUCUAAAAAUUGGUGUUGAAAGAUACUGGAGGAAAAACGCACCAAACGCAAUACAAGAUAAUGAGAAAGAAUUCUUGCGGCAGCAUCUACUAACAAAUUUUGAGGAACCUGUAAAUCCAUUAGCUGUACAAUUAGCAGUUGUUAUUGCUAAGAUAGCAAGAUAUGAUUAUCCCAGAGAAUGGGAUGCAUUGGUACCAACGUUAUUGGAAAUAAUAAGGCUAGAAAAUCCUCUGGCGCAGCGUCAGGCGUUGCUAACGCUGCAUCAUGUUGUUAAAGCUUUGGCAUCUAGACGCUUGGCCGAUGGUCAGAGACUCUUCCGAGAAUUAACUUUGACUAUGUUUAAUUUUAUUCUAAAUUUAUGGAACACUUAUACCGAAUCUUAUCUGAUCAUGGCAUCGAACGGGGCCGAUGCCAGUCAGAUACAGCAAGCCUUAGAGAAGGCGCUCCUACUGCUGAGAAUACUUAGACAACUGAUUGUAAAUGGUUUUUCCAAACCGUCUGAAUCUCAGGAUGCCAUGUUGUUUUUGAAAGUCGUGUUUGAACGAGCGAGAACUUGUCUCGAGUGCCGUAAAACGUUAGCUUCUAGAGGUAUACAGAUGGAUGCGUGUGACAAGUUUAUAAUACAUUUGACCAAAGUUUUAAUAGGAGUGUUAGAUAUACACCCGUUUUGCUACGUGGAACUCAUACCGACUUCCUUAGAGUUCUCCGUUUUUUACUGCUUCACAGAGGCCGGCCAGGCAUUAGCAUUUGAGAGAUUUAUCAUUCAGUGUUUAAAUUUAAUUAAGAACAUUUUAUUAUCGACAUAUUAUAGACCAGCUAAAGUUAUCGAAGAGACGAAAGAUCCAUUGGUAUUGAGAGCGUGUCAAUUGAGGCAAGAGUUUUUUACACCAGAGACGUUAAAAGAAAUUUGCUCCAGACUUGUCACACAUUAUUUGCUUUUAACACCGGCGGAUCUGGAAAUGUGGGACACUCAACCAGAAAGCUUCGCCGGAGUUUUUGAUGGGGGGGAGUCAUGGAAGUACAGUUUAAGGCCUUGCACAGAAUCUUUAUUUUUGGCAAUCUUCCAUCACUUUAGAGACGUUCUCGCUUCGGUCCUGGUUGAUCUGAUGCGACAGCAUCAUCAACCUGUUGAUCCUAACAAUUUACAUGCGAUUCUAGUGAAAGACGCGGUCUACUGCGCGGUUGGUCUUGUCGCGUUCGAUUUAUAUGACGAGGUAAAUUUUGAUCAAUGGUUUUCGACGACUCUGAAGGAGGAAUUAAAGGUGCGAAGUAAUAAUUACAGAAUUAUCAGAAGACGUGUGUGUUGGCUGAUCGGCCAAUGGACGAAUAUCAAAUUUAGCGCAGAAUUAAGACCGGAGUUGUACAAGCUCAUGAUAGAAGCACUGAGUCCUGAAGAAGAUUUAGGUGUCCGUUUAGCAGCGAGUAAUGCCUUGAAGGAGGCGAUUGAUGAUUUUCAAUUCAAUCCAGAGGAAUUUUCUCACUUUUUAGAGCCAGUUUUUUCGUUGCUAUUCGCCCUUUUAAAAGAAGUAAACGAGUGCGAUACGAAGAUGCAUGUAUUAUUUGUUUUGUCGUUCAUCAUCGAACGUGUUGGCAAUGGAAUCAAGCCGCAUGUUGGCGCGCUCAGCUCUUAUCUACCAGAGCUUUGGCAGCAGUCUGAAGUAUAUAAUAUGCUGAGGUGCGCCAUAGUGUCAACUUUAAUACAUUUAGAGAAGGCUUUAGGAUCCGAAAGCGUGAUUCUGGAACCGUUGGUGGUAGGCGUCGUGAGUAUGAGUUGUGAUGUCAAUGAAGAGGGACACGUUUAUUUAUUAGAAGAUGGAUUGGAAUUGUGGUUAGCCUUGGUGGAAAAUGCGCCUGCUCCAACGCCAGCUAUAAUGGAUCUCUUCAGGAAUAUGCCCGCAUUAUUAGAUCAAUCUACGGAAAAUCUGCGUUUGUGUUUGUACAUAAUUCAAGCGUACGUGUUGUUGAGUCCGCUAGACUUCUUCACUCACAGAGGUUCUAUAGUCAUCGAAGCACUGAAAGCGCUCUUGAGCGAUUUACGGGCAGAAGGUAGAGUGAUGGCGCUGAGAUUAUUCGAGGUUUGUCUCAGAGCUUCCCCUCAGCAGGGCGCGGAACUGAUCAAGCCCAUUUUGCUGAAGAUAUUCGAGAGCGUUUAUAACGGCGAGGAGUACCCGAUGGUCAUGACCAUGAACCUAUCCAUCGUCGCGAGAGUUUUACUAGGUGCUCGAGAUAUUUUUGUACAGGUUAUCAGGGACCUAUCUCAGAGUAUAGAAACCGAAACGAGGGAAGAGGUUGUACUCGGAAAGAUGAUACGCGGAUGGGUCUACGGAAUGCCUUUGGUGCCUCAGACCGAAAAGCGUAAAUUGCUAGCCCUCGCGCUCUGCUCCCUUCUCGGGGCGAACAGUCCACCCACGGUUCUCGAAUACUUUCCACAGAUAAUAUCGAAUAUCGUCGAGACGCUCAACGACGUCUCCGCGUUCGACGAUAUGGGUUAUCUUGUCGAUUCCUUGAUGAUCACCGAACAACUCAGCCCAUCGCAAUUGGAGGAUGUAGAUUACGAAACUGAGCACGCCCAGCGACAGAGGAGACUUGAUUACAGCGAUCCUGUGCAUACUAUAGCCUUGAAAGAUACGUUCCAAAGUCAGUUGAUCACGCUGCGAAGUAUAGUUGGGGAAAAUCAAUUCGACCAACUGAUGCUCACCCUCACCCCCGAGAUUGACGAAACACUCAAGGAUUACAUAUCGCUGUGAGGAAGGAGCAAGAUCAAAACACAAUACAGGAUUCAACAAAUGCAAAGUAUGUACGAGAGAAAUUUUACGGCGCUGCAGUGUAAAACGGUACUAUUUUAUUGUAUAAUACUACCAUCUGUUUCAUUGUAUUAAUAAUGUUGAUAAUAAAAGGUCCUACUCUCUC